ACACCCAUUCAGUGGCAUUCACCCAACCGCACCCAACAACCAAACAAAAGCUAAGAUAAAAGUAUGGACAGGACAAUAAGCUUCGAUGAAAUUCAAGAUGUUUUUCGUCUUAUCAGAAGUGUGAAAGAUAAAUGGGAGAGCAUUGGAGCUGGGUUUGGAAUCGACCCUUCUACCUUAAGCAAGGUUAAGGAAGAUGAACAUGACGUAAAAGACAAGUGUCUCUAUGCUACUUUGAAUAUCUGGUUGCAUGGAAAAUCUAGCAGCAAUUUUCAUAGUUGGAGAACAUUGUUAAAAGUGUUGAAAUCUGAAGAUGUGAAUGAGGGCACUCUUGCUGAGUCAAUCAUGGCUAAGAAAGCUGGAAAAACAGGGUUUCAAAGAGGUCCAAGUCUGGUAAGAUGUGGCCUGACUACUCCAAAUCAUGAAUUAUCGUCACAUGAAGAGCAGAGAUCAGCAGUUAUACUUACCUUGAAUCAUCUGCCAUUUCUUUUGGAGCAUCUUGAAUGUGUUGCUUCAAAGUGGAAACAAAUUGGUGUUUACUUAAACAUUCCACAAGGUCAUCUUGACAAUAUAAUAAGUACACCUACUCUUUUGUCAGGUGGUCCUGUAAGUUUCUUACAUGAAUUACUAACCUAUUGGCUAAGGCAAAGCAAUCCAAAUGCAGAUAAGCUCUUGACUGCUCUGAAAAAAACUGGAGAGCAUCAACUCUCUUGUACUUUAAAGAAAUUUUUUGAUCUUGGAAAUCACAAUGCAGCUAUAAAUAAUGCAAGUCAUUCUGUGAUGAAAACUUCACUAGAACCAUAUUUAUUGGAGCAAUAUGUCAGAAGUCUUUACAAAAACCAAACAAUUGAUGGGCAACAGCAUCAAUGGCCACCCACAUUGGAAGUGGAAUACAUUAAUUUGGUCCUUAUUACACAGGAAAAUGUGUUACAGCAUGCACAUCAGAAAGCUUUGAUACAAAAAAGUGGGGAUAUUACAUUCAUCACAGAACAAGAUGAAUUUCGAGGGAAGUGCCUUGCUUUUGAAGAUAUAAUGAAUUAUGAAUGCAAUCGAAAAAAGGUCAUUAUUAUUGAAGGAUGUCCAGGUAUUGGAAAAACUACUCUUGCAAGCAAGCUCUGUCAAGAAUGGUCAGAAAAAAGACAGAUGUUGGAAUUUAAGCUACUACUCUAUAUACCUUUGCGUUCUCCUUUAAUGAGGACAGCUCAAUCCAUUGAUGAACUUUUAGAGUAUUAUGGUGAUAAUUAUACCAGUAAUGAUGUUCUUCUCAUUAAAAAAAAUCAAGGUAGAGAUGUUGUUUUUAUUUUAGAUGGGUGGGAUGAAUUGCGGCCUUCUUGUCGAAGCAUUGACAUGUUUUUUCCAGGCCUAAUUUAUGGAAAAUUUUUACCAGAGUCUACUAUUGUAGUGACAUCUCGUCCAGGAGCCACUAUUGACAUUAGAAGGCAUGCUAACAGAAUUGUGGAAAUUUUGGGUUUUACAGAAGAUCAAAUUAAACAAUACAUAAUGUCAUAUUUUAAGACCAAUGAAAAAGCUGGCCAAAAGCUGGUAGAAGAUUUAAAAUCGUAUCCCAAUGUUGCUAGUACCUGUUAUGUGGCUAUAAAUUUGACAAUAGUUUGCUAUGUUUAUCAUGUUAGUGAUCAUCAAUUGCCAUCUACUCUUACUGAAGUAUAUGAGCUUUUUAUUAUUCAUACUUUGAAGCGUCACUUUAAACGAUUGUCUGAUUCUAAUGAAAUUGAUCUAGAAACCAUUGGAGAUUGUGACAAAUCGGUAAAUGGAAUAAUAAAAGUUUUGGCAAACAUGGCACUAAAAAGUCUGCAAAAUAAUGACCUUAGUUUUACAAAGCAGGAACUAAUAAAUGCAGUAGGUGUUGUUGAUGAAGAAGAGGCUCUUUUUGAUGGCUUUGGCUUGCUCAAGAAUGUAAUUGCUUUUGAGAAGAGUGGAACAAAAUCAUACUAUCACUUCCUUCACUUGACAAUUCAUGAAUUCCUUGCAGCUUAUAGUGUCUCUUUGAUGACUGAUACAAAUCGAUGGGACUGGUUGACGAAAUAUUUGCGAGAUGAGAGAUUUGAAAUGGUUUUAAAAUUUUACUGUGGCAUGGACAAAUUUCAGUCACAUUCUACUCGCAUUCUUUUCUCUACUCAGAAUAUAUAUGGUGUCCCAUUUACACUGGAAUGCAUAUAUGAAGGGCAAUGGAGAGAUGGCUGUAAAAAUGUAGCCAAACAAACAUCAAGCUCUUUAUCCAUUGUUCGACCAAUUCAACCUUACAGAGCUCUUGUCUAUGGCUAUAUAAUGGCAACUUCAGAGAGCCAAUGGGAACUUCACUGGUGUAAUAAUGCCUUUGGAGAGCAAGAACUAAGGUGUCUUAGACGUUAUCUUGUUUGUGCUCCACUUACUUUAGCUAAAAUUGUCUUAAUAAAUAAUACAGCACUGUCAAGCAAUAUUAUUGACUCACUAUCUGAGAUUCUUAAGUCUCAGAAGGAACUUACUUACGUUGCUAUUAAUAAUUGCCACCUUCAUGAUAGCUUUGUUAAAGAGAUUUGCAGAUCUAUUCGUGGUCUACAAUUCAUUCAAGUCCUUGAAAUAGUUAAAAAUGAUAAACUCCCGAUCAAAGAUCUUUGUGCCAUGCUUCAUACUUUGCCAUCACUCCAACAGCUAAAACUCUAUGGUAAUAAUAUUGAUAAAGUUGGCCAGGAUGAAGUGAUGUUUGCUGUUUCUGAAGAAACUGAAGUUAUAUUUCACUGCUAAAAAGAUACAAAUUUUAGACUGCCAAUAAAUCUUAAUUUUUCAAACUCUGCUUUGUAUAUGCAAAAUUAAAAGUUAUAUUUUAUUUAUAUAAAAAAAAUGAAUUUUACAAAACCCAAAGUAAUCAAAGAUUUACAAAAUUAUAGUUUGAGUCUUUCUGCAAGUGAGUACAUAGUUUUUUUUUAAGAGUCUCUCUAACUAAGAAAAAUCUGGAAUAUAUAUACUGUUUCUUGCUACCAUGCAGUCAACCCAUGAAAGUAACUUUUAUCCCUAUUGUACACUACAGACUCAAUCCCAAACCCACAAAAUUAAAAUUUUUACGUUCUUUCAUUAACCAAAUACUUGAGCAUAAUAAACUACUACUUAUAUACUAUCCACCAGAUUUCCUUAUAGUCCAUACAUUUGCUGAUCCUCAUUUAGUGUCAUUGGAUGGGACACAAUAUACAUUCAAUGGUCAUGGUGAAUUUAUUAUAGUACAAUCACUCAAUGGUUCACUAAUGGUUCAAGCAAGAAUGACGGAACCACUAUCAACUAGUGACAGUAAUGAGACUCUCAUUGGUAGUGGGACACAGUCAUUACUGCAAUAGCAGCUAAACACAAUGAAUCAGACAGUGUCCGGUUUGAGGUUGUUAACAAUCAACUGAUAGUGUUAGUGAAUGGAGACAAAAUUGAUUUCUCGGAAGUAGCUGAGCAAUAUUUUAAGAACUUAACAGUCCUGGAUAAAGGAAAUGAUACAAUUUCAGCUACAAUAGCCAAUAGAAUAACAAUAACUGUUACAGAGAAUGUCAAUAUGUUAGCUAAUGUAUCGGUUACUCUUUCAGAUAGUUACUAUGGGAGCACUGUUGGUUUAUUGGGUCUGUAUAAUGGUAAACCAGAGGAUGAUCUGCUAUCAAGAAAUGGAAACACA